AUGUUUGGAUUAUUUACAAUGUUCUAUGGCUUCUUACUAAUUGGAAAUGCCUUGGUGAUUUUAGAUGACAAGAGGUUUUUAUCUAAAAUAGGAUUACCCUUAUCACAAGAACAUAGGAACUUUUUAGGAGAGAAAAGAAAAAAGAUUGUUGAUCUUCUAAACGGGUUGAGGACAGUAUUAAGAAUACCACUUAUAAUUGUUAAUAUAUUGUGUAUCAUUUAUGAGUUACUUUUAGGAAAUUAA